GGCCCCGGGGCGGCGGGUCCGGGGCGGGUCCGGCCGUGGGUUCGAGUGCGGCGCCCGGGCCCGGCGCGGGGGCGAAGAUGUCGGAGCUGGGGAAGAAGUACUGCGUGUACUGCCUGGCGGAGGUCAGCCCCCUGCGCUUCCGCUGCACCGACUGCCCGGACAUCGAGCUGUGCCCCGACUGCUUCUCCGCGGGCGCCGAGAUCGGGCCGCACCGGCGCUGGCACGGAUACCAGCUGGUGGACGGCGGACGCUUCACCCUCUGGGGGCCCGAGGCCGAGGGCGGCUGGACCAGCCGCGAGGAGCAGCUGCUGCUCGACGCCAUCGAGCAGUUCGGCUUCGGAAACUGGGAGGACAUGGCGGCGCACGUGGGGGCGUCGCGGACCCCCCAGGAGGUGAUGGAGCACUACGUGAGCAUGUACAUCCACGGCAACCUGGGCAAGGCCUGCAUCCCGGCCACCAUCCCCAACCGCGUGACCGACCACACCUGCCCCGGCGGGGGCCCGCUGUCCCCGAGCCUGACCACCCCGCUGCCCCCGCUGGACAUCUCGGUGGCCGAGCAGCAGCAGCUGGGCUACAUGCCCCUGCGGGACGACUACGAGAUCGAGUACGACCAGGAGGCCGAGGCCCUGAUCAGCGGCCUGUCGGUCAACUACGACGACGACGACGUGGAGAUCGAGCUGAAGCGCGCGCACGUGGACAUGUACGUGCGCAAGCUGCGGGAGCGCCAGCGGCGGAAGGACAUCGCCCGGGACUACAACCUGGUGCCCGCCUUCCUGGGCAAGGACAAGAAGGAGCGGGAGCGGGCCGGCCGGCGCAAGGUGACCAAGGAGGAGAAGGAGGUGCGCCUCCGCCUGCGGCCCCUCUACCAGUUCAUGUCCUGCAAGGAGUUCGACGACUUCUUCGAGAACCUGCACAAGGAGAAGGUGCUGCGGGCCAAGAUCCGCGAGCUGCAGCGCUACCGCCGCAACGGCCUCACCAAGAUGGAGGAGUCGGCCGAGUACGAGGCGGCCCGCCACAAGCGCGAGAAGAGGAAGGAGAACAAGGCCGCCGCCGCCGCCGCCGCCGCCGCCGCCGCCGCCUCGGCCGCCGCCUCGGCCUCCUCGGCCCCCGCCGCCAAGAAGGGCCGGGAGGACGGCCGGGACGGGGACCCCGCCGGCCUGGAGAACCUGCCGGGCUGCGAGCUCCUGUCGGACCGGGAGAAGGUGCUCUGCGGCUCCCUGGGGCUCAGCCCGGCCCGCUACCUGACGGUCAAGACCAUCAUCGUCAAGGACCACCUCCAGAAGCGCCAGGGCAUCCCCUCCAAGAGCCGCCUCCCCGCCUACUUGGACAAGGUGCUCAAGAAACGGAUUUUCAACUUCCUCACCGAGAGCGGGUGGAUCUCCAGGGAGGGGUCCUGAGGGCGGGCGCCGAGGGGGACUCGGGCCCCGCCCCGCCCCGCUCUUCUCCGGGCCGCCCCCUUCGAGCCUUCCCCUCGGGGACGGGGCGGGCGGGGUGGACGGAAGGGGCCGCGUCCCGUCGGCACGAGGCCCCGGACGGCGGGCGGGGAGAGGGGAGAGGGGGGAGGUCGCCUCCGCCCGGCCCGACGCUCGGCCCGGUCGGGUCGGGGCCUUGGCCGUCCCGGGCGGGGGCGGGAUUGUGACGUCCGGCCUUUUUCGAUGUUUUGUCGUCGUCGUCCCGUCGGUUACGGCGGAGGGUGAGGCCCUCCCGCGCCGGGGGGGGAGGUCGGCUCCCGCCGACGCCGCGCGUCGCGGCCCGUGGGCGCCGUCGCCUCCGAAUCUGUUGGCCCAGCGCCCCGAGGCCCAGGCACACAGCACUUUAAAACGGAGGGGUCGCCGGGUGGGGGGGGGCCCCCCGCCCCGCCGAGUCCCGUGUAGCAGAUUGGGGGACGGGGAGGAGGGCGGACCCGCUCGGCCCCGAGGACGAGAGCGGAGAAUCGGCGGGCGGGCGGGGCUCCGUCGGGCCCCGACGGCUUCCGGCCCCUCUCGGCCGGGGAAGAAGAUCCGGCCCCUCUCCUCCCCCCCUCACCUCUCGCUUCGCACGGCCGGGACCUCCGCCGUCUCGGCGGCCGGCCGGGAGCCCCCCCCCCCCCCCCCCCGGCCACCUCGUCGGGGGCCGCCCCCCGCCAUCGACCGAGGGGUCGAUCGAUCGCACCGCCGGGGCGCGGGCCGGAGGGCGGCGGCGGACGCCGAGGGUCCCGAAGCCUUCACCGUCCUCCCCCCGAGGGCUCGGCCGCCAAGGGAAGAGACGUCCGACGGAGCGAACGUGUUCAUGUAGCAGCUUCUCGCAGAGUUAUCCAGGGAAGAAAACUACCGAGUAGUAAAGCAGGGAUUUUAUAUAUAGGUUGUGAGUUCUUUUUCUUUUUUAUUAUUAUUAUUAUUAUUUAAAAAAAAAAAAGAAGCAGCAAAACAAAAACCAAGCAGUUAGUUGGCAGUUGUUCUCGGGUGAUUUUGGGGUGUUUUUUUUUUUUUAAGCAACUGGAAGCCGCAGGCGUCCGGACUACUUAUUCCGUCACCAGACGGUCCCCUCGUCGGCGGAAGCGCCACCCCUUUCCAGCCCCGAGAGAGAAUUCUCCUUUCCGAGUCAAGACCCUGUUCCUCCCUCUCUCCCCUCGGCGGGCGUCCUGCCCUUCGCCGACGGGGGGUUUCCAUCACGGGCUUCUCUUGAUGUCCCCGGGGCACUGUUAUUACUGAAACUUUUCUGGGGAGUGGCAUUUUUUUGCGGGGGGCGGUGAGAAGGGGAAUUUUCCUGUUGUCGAAAGCCCAAAGCCACUUCUGAGACGUGAUCCACCCUUGACCCCCCCCCCCCACCCGCCCCGCGGGGGCCCGACGGUGAGGUGCUAUCUACUUGCCAGUGUCUUUGCCUUGAAUUUUUUAGAAGUGAUUUUUUAAAAAAGUCAUUUUCCCUUUGGUUUUUUGGUCGUUUUUUCUUUUUAAUUUAAUCUUCAGCAUUUCCAAGGGAUUUUCAAUAUCGUGGUGCCUUCGCCUUUCCUCCUCACCUCAGGGUGAGAAGUCCCGGAGCUGAGAUAGCGUACAGCCGUGGGAUCUUUUAAGGGGUUGGGGGUGCCGAACACCCCCGGGUCGGCGUUGAAGAGGCGACCCGCCGCCGCCCGCAAGGCGGGCCGUCCGCCCCCUCGGCGCCGUAGAGAUCGCUCCGCACACCGGGUAGACGGCCGUCCCCUUCGGAAGCGGCUCCGAGGAUCGACGGGGGCGGCGGCCGGCGUGAUCCUGAAGGUUGGCGAGAGGGAGAGGCGCCGCCAGGUCGCCUUCGGCUCCGAGGGGAAGCCGGAUCUUUGUUCCCCACGCCCGUCGGCCUCUCCGGACGAGCGCGUCGGGGGAGCCGGCGGGCCGCGACUUGAGCUUCCCGGCGGGCCGAGUCCGGAGACGGGUCUGACGGCUCGGGACGCCCUGGCCAAGGUGAGGCGGAGCGGCCGAAGAGGAGAGCGGCCCCGUCUGCGGCCUCCUCCCUCCGGCCCCGGCGAGGAGGGACGAGAGACGGGACCGACGGGCGGGGUUCCUCCGGACCCGUCGUCGGUCGGUCUACCGCGAGACCCGUCCCUCUGACUCGGGGAGAUGAGACGAGCGGCGAGGAUGAUGGUUGCGGAAUCGAGUCCGCCUCCCCGCUCCUUUCCGCCGGCUCGGUCGGCGGGCCCCGGGAGGGGAAGACGUGGCCGUCCCCUCCCCUCCCGGGAGCGGAUCCGCGGUCGUCGCUUGGCGCGUCUCUAGGAAGCCCCUCUCCCCCACCCCACGGCCCCGUGUUAGGAUAUUCUCAUUCUCAAGAAUACCCGACGGGGCUUCCGAGAAGCCCCGACCGCCCUCCGCUCUCUCUGCCCGCUGCUCUCUCCUCCGCCUGUCCCCCUUAGAUCCUCAGCCCGGCCCCGGGCUCAGCUGCGAGAGUCCCAGAAGGCCGACCGAGGGCCGGAAAAAGGACUCUGGCCCACCGAGAAACGGCAAAGACACGAAUACCGAAACGGCCCUCGGCGUUCUUUCGACCAGACUUUGGUGCCAAACUCCACCCUUUUUUCCCCGAGAGUAAUUUUAAUUAGCGGAAGCAUGUUUUCUAAGUAGAAAAUGUCCGAAACAGAGCUCAGCGAGGCUGUUAAAAUAUAGAAUUUUUCCAGCAGCGAAAGAAACCCACCAAAACCCUACUUCCCAUUAAGCCAGGCCGUGGUGUUUUUUCUAACCGCUGAAGGUGUCCCCGUAUUGGGUGAGGUAUUUUGCUUAUCGAUAUCUUUUUUUUUUCCCUCGGAGCUCUGCACUGUUUGGGAAAACGACCCUAUCGUACCGACGUCCCAGUUGCGGUCAUGCAAAAAUCCAAACGAUUGUUAUUCUUGUGAAUAGAAACAAAAAAAAAAAGAUCGCUGUUUAAUUUUUCAGUGUAAAUAUGUACAUAAUUAAAACAGUUGUUUUCACAUGACUCCGUUUCACCUGUGUCUUUGAGGAAACCUGUCAGAGAGAAGAUUUGUCGAGCCCUCGAGAAACCCCACCUCGAGCUAUUUUCUGUGGUUUUUCUUUUUUAAAAUACUCUCGUUUUUCUAAGAGAGUGAGGUGAUUACUUUCGUUCUGAAGUGUGAAUUCUGUAAUGAGGAAGGCGGGUUCAAUAAAGGACUCGGGUUCAUUUGUCUGG